AUGGCUCGUUGUUACCAGGAUGCAUUGGAGGCAUUGUCGUCUUUGAUCACAAAACGCAGCCGUUUUGUUAAUACCAACCAAUCUCACCGAUUCCGUUUGCUCUUCCAUUACCUCAAGGUUCUUGAGCUCGAAGAAGCAGUCUCACAAAUGAAAAUCAUUCAUGUGGCUGGAACUAAAGGGAAGGGAUCAACAUGCACAUUUAUUGAAUGUAUUCUUCGUAACUACGGUCUUCGAACUGGUCUGUUUACAUCUCCUCACUUAAUCGAUGUCCGAGAGAGAUUCCGUUUGAACGGCAUUGAGAUAAGCCAAGAGAAAUUUGUGGAUUACUUCUGGUUUUGCUUCCAUAAGCUCAAGGAGAAAACCAGCAAUGAGAUUUCAAUGCCUACUUACUUCUGCUUUCUUGCAUUGUUAGCUUUCAAGAUUUUCGCAACCGAACAGGUAGAUGUUGUUAUUCUAGAGGUUGGCUUAGGUGGUAGAUUCGACGCGACUAAUGUGAUUAAGAAGCCUGUUGUAUGUGGUAUUACUUCUCUUGGAUAUGAUCAUAUGGAGAUUCUUGGAGACACUCUUGCCGAAAUCGCUGCAGAGAAAGCCGGUAUCUUCAAGAGUGGAGUUCCUGCUUUUACAGUGCCUCAACCUAAUGAAGCGAUGCGUGUACUUAACGAGAAAGCUACAGAAUUGAAGGUGAAUCUCCAGGUGGUGGAACCAUUGGACUCAAGUCAUAGACUCGGGCUACAAGGCGAACAUCAAUAUCUAAACGCCGGUCUUGCUGUUGCGUUGUGUUCUACAUUUCUUCAAGAGAUUGGUAUUGAGGACAAGAAUGGUCUAAAUAAGACAAACGGUUUACCCGAAAAAUUCAUCUCUGGAUUGUCGAAUGCUUAUUUGAUGGGACGGGCAAUGAUCGUGCCUGAUACAGAACUCCCUGAGGAGAUUGUGUUUUAUCUUGAUGGUGCUCAUAGUCCAGAAAGCAUGGAAGCUUGCGCGGAUUGGUUUUCACAAGAGAUUAAACAAAACCAAGCAAGAAACCAAGAAAGAUCAGAGCAGAUACUCUUGUUCAAUUGUAUGUCUGUUCGUGACCCGAGUUUGCUUCUUCCACGAUUAAGGAGCAAAUGCAUUGAUCAAGGAGUUGAAUUCAAGAAAGCGGUUUUUGUGCCAAACGUAUCAGUGUACAACCAAGUGGGAUCUUGGUCUAACGUUGACCCUCGUGUCGAUUCGAUGACGUGGCAGUUUGGUCUUAAGAGAGUUUGGGAAAGAUUGGCUCGAGGUGACGCACAUAAUAAAGGGAAAGUGGAAGAGAAGAGCUUCGUUUUCUCGUCACUUCCUAUGGCCGUUGACUGGCUCCGGGAAGAUGCUCGCCGGAGUAAACAAGUCCGUUUUCAGGAAAUGAAUGUUGAGAUUUUAUGA